AUGCCUGGAUUCUUUUUCUCCCAUAACAACAUGACUGAAUUAAAUGGAAAAGAAGAUUGCAAGCUUGCAAAAGGCAAAGUCCAUAAAAAGAAGCAAAAGGCUUUUGGUGCAGAUCUCAAAAGUUAUUUGAAGUGCAUGGUGCCACAUAUUGAAUCUGGGAUCAAGACUUCCAGCUCUAGAAAUGUCAUGCUUUCUGCAGAGGAAGUUAUUCAGUGGUCACAGUCUUUGGAAAAGCUCUUGGCCAGCCAAAGUGGCCAAGGUGUCUUUCGGGAGUUCCUGAAGUCAGAGUUCAGUGAGGAAAACAUCGAGUUCUGGUUGGCUUGUGAGGAUUACAAGAAAACCAAGUCUGAUCACUUACAUGGCAAAGCAGAGAGGAUUUAUGAGGAGUUUGUUCAGUCAGAUGCCAUUAAGCAGAUCAAUAUUGACUAUCAGAUGAGGGAAGCAACAGCCAAAAAGGCUCAAGACCCAACUCACACAAGUUUUGAUGAAGCCCAGAAAACAGUGUACAUCCUUAUGGAAAGAGAUUCGUAUCCCAGAUUUUUAAAAUCCAAAUCCUACCUGAACCUUUUGAACCAACUGCAAACCAACACUUCAAAAUAA